AUGCUGCUUAAACCGGCCACACCGCUUACUAUCCUCCUUCUGAUCGCAUUUGCCCUUCUCCUCAUCUCCGUCCUCUCGACUCCGAUUGUCAAAAGCAUACCGCUGGCUACCUUUGAGAAUGUCGACUACGGUGUUUUCGGUUACUGCAAGGGUGACCAGUGUACCAGCAUCCAUGUUGGCUAUGCCGACGAUAAUAUCAUCCCGACAAACACGAGCAGCAGCGAGUUCAACCUCCCCCCUAGCACUCGGAAAUCGCUUUCGGCCAUCUUGAUUGUUCAUCCCAUCGCGGCGUUUCUCACUCUCAUUUGUCUAUGUUUAGCAGCAGCAGCACACUUUCACGGCCCGUCGCAUUCACCGCGCUAUCUUUUGGCCUUGCUGAUCCUCCUUCUCCCUACUCUCCUCGUGUCUCUUCUCGCUUUCCUUGUCGAUAUCUUGCUGUUCGUUCCGCAUCUCGAGUGGGGAGGAUGGAUCGUGCUCGUGGCCACCAUUUUGCUUGUCACUUGUGGCGUGGUCACAUGCGCAAUGCGCCGGACACUUGUGAGCCGUAAGGCGAGAAAGAGACGCAUCGCAGAGAAUGCUGAAAUGAGUGGGGAGAACUUCUACAAUCGCCAGAACGCAGCAGCGGCAGCGGCAGCAGGAGGCUUGAGUCAGCCUGAGAGCCUCAAUGUUGACGUCAAGGAGCCGGUUGUUACCGGCUCUCCUCCUACAUCUGAUGUCACGCCCACAUUCGCUACGUUUCGCACGACAACCCAUGAUAGCGACGACGAUCGUGCGCCUUUGAACGCCCGCAAUCCAUCUAGUGAUGCUGCAAUGCCUCCUGGUCAAUAUGCCAAUAUGCGCGGCGACGUGAUGGCCUACAACUCUCCACCGGAUCAUAUCGAGAACCACGGGCCUGUUCAAGGACCAGGGCCACGGAUGCGCCCCGGACCCCCCGAUGGUCGACUUCGCAAUCAGUAUUCCGAUGGCAGUAUGGGUUCGCGACGCGGUCCCCCUCCUCCAGGAUUUGCUCCGCGUGGACGUGGUGGAUAUGGCCCGCGAGGAGGCUACGGUCGUGGGAACUAUCAUGGGCCUGGACCACGAGGACCUACUCCGGGGGGUCCAGGAAGAGGUGGACAUCCAUCGGCAAUGGGACGAGGCUACCGAGAACCUCCUCAGCCAAUUGGAUAUGGUCCUUCACCUGGGCCUCGGCCGACCGCGCCUCUCGAGGAUGAAUACGACUAUCGUGGCCCAGCGCCUUCAGCGGGUGCUCAUCGACAACCAUCCCCGGGUCCGAUAGGAAUGGCCGUUUCUGCGGAUUAUGAGGCGGCUGGACAAGCUAUAGAAAUGCAGCCGCAGCCAAAACGCCUAGACUCAGCUAAUACUCUGCCGCAUGAGGUGAUGGUCGAUUCCCAACCACAUGCCUUGUCAGCCGAUGGGUAUCCCGAACCCAUCAGUCCCUCAAGCCUUUAUAGCCGGACUCCAUCGUACAAUCAUCCGCGCGCUGGCUGGGCCCAAGCUGAGCCCGCCGCUCAUCACUCACCCUCGCCUAUGCAUGCGUACGGUUCUACGCAGCGGCAUGCUCGCUCCCCUUCAACUGAUUACUUUGAAGAUGCGGAUCCUCGAUUCGCAAAUCCCAAUGAGUCAGCAGUAGGUAACACACGGUUGCCUCCUGCUCUGACACCGGGUGCUAUCGGUGAGCGGAAACCGACGGAUGAUUCGGCUGAGGCCCCUAACUCACCCACUACUAGCGAAGUAAGCCACUUCACAUCCAUCUCUCAGCGGCCCAUCAAUCCUCGCUGGCGACCACCACCCGUUCCAGCUCAACAGAAACAUGAUGUGCUACUGGAGAAUAAUCCAGACUUUGACCUUCGGGCGGGCGCCGGGAGAGGAGGGCUUGCCGGAGCAGGAAGUCGAAUGCCGCCUUUGUCCAUACCCCGAGACGCCUCAAGAUACCCACUUCCAUGA